UCCAUGCUUAAAUCAAUGGAGCUAAAAUUACCUACGCUCACUAAAGUCACCUUGCAAAAAAAUUUGAGACGCCCCGGCUUCCGUACUUUGCGGAAAUAGUUUCUACGACGUGACUUGCGAGAGCGAAAUGUUGCCAAUAUGGAACGCGUUUCGGAGAACUGUAACUCAUGCAAAAAAUGCCAAAGUCUUAAAACAUGCUAAGGAACUGCGGGCUUCCAUCUCCACCGGGCCCCAGCAACAGCAUGGCACUUACUAUGAGAUCCGCUCAUACUGCAUCAAGCCUGAGCAUAACACCACCUUCCUCAAACUGUUAAAUGAGAAGAUUCACCUGCGCACAGCUCAUUCUGAACUUGUGGGCUUCUGGACUGGAGACUACGGUGCCUUCAACCAGGUCUUCCACAUCUGGAAGUAUGACAGCUAUGGCCACCGGACACGGGUGCGAGCCGCUGUGGCCACAGACCCCCAGUGGCAGGAACAGUUCAUUUCAAAGGUCUUGCCCAUGCUGGUGUCCCAGGAAGUUGAGGCUGCCUACCUGGUGCCGUGGAGUGAAAUCCAAAAGCCUGCAAAGAAAGGUGUCUACGAGCUGGUGACGUUCCAGAUGAAGCCCGGGGGCCCGGCCGUGUGGGGGAAGGCCUUCCAGGUGGCUAUCAGCGCUCGCACCGGCGCCGGCUACUCCCACUUGGUGGGUGUUUUUCACAGCGAGUUUGGACUCCUCAAUCGAGUACAUGUCCUGUGGUGGUACGAGAGCCCCGACCAGCGGGCGGCGAUUCGGCACACGGCCCACCAAGAUGCCCGUGUGGUGGCGGCAGUGAGGGAGAGUGUGUCAUACCUGGAGUCCCAGAGUAACAAACUCCUGCUUCCUACUCCGUUCUCGCCCCUCCAGUGAGCACAGGCCUUGGCGCUGAUGUCCUACCUGUUACAGUGGCUUCCUGAGCUGAUUAUUCUUUUUUCUGUGCACUUGGAGGUAAAUCACAUAAAUUCUACAUGUAGUUUGCAAACAGUUGCGAUAUAGAUGCAGUGUAUGCAGUUUGCUGUUGCUUGAACCCUUACGCUGAAAGUGCUGACGAAGUGGAUCUCGAAGAAGAUGUUAAAGAGCCAAAUGGCUUCAUUUCAGCACCCCGCUGAAUCUCUACCCUUUUUCAUCUCCAGUGGACUCCUAAAAUAUGCAUCAAAAUAUGCAUCAAACGCUCCUGGCGCAUGCACAUGCACCCCCCCACCGGUACCUGUUGAAAGAACUUCUGCUUAAAUUACACGUUUGAGCCUGGAUAGUGUGAUAAAAUAUUUUCUCUGUUGAUUGUCAUGUACAUCAUGUAUCCUGCCAAAUGCUGUGCUUAGCUUUCAAGAGCAAAAUUGCCUUUAAAAAAAACCACCGAUCCGUGUCACCAAACUGGUCCACAUCGCCCUUUAAGACACUUGCAGUUUUCAUUAUGACUCUGUGGUGUUGGGGUGGCAUUUCAGCAUCAUUUUCAUUUUAUGCUAUGGGGAUUUUCCACCAACACAAUGCGACAGCACUUUUGUAGCAAAAAACUUAAGUAUUUUAAUUGCCUUGGUCAGUAUUAGGUAAAUAAAGACAAAACAAAAUAAUGACAUUGAUCCCAAAAGUCCUUAUUGGUCAUGAUGAUAUGUUCACUGCUUAUGUUGUGGAAGAUGUCACAGAUCCACCCUGAAGUCUCUGUUGUCAUCAAGCACAUGUUGUGUGGGGGUGUACUACAGUGUUUAUGACUGUGUUUGUGGUGGGGGAGGGGGUUGUUUGUGAUCCUGUGACCGUGGCCCAUUAGUGAUGUAAUUAUGUACUGUAGAUGACUUUAAAAAUAAAUGCUUGCUGUGUCCA